CGGUUCGAUUCGGUCGCGUUUUCUCCUUUGAGUCUCAAGUUAAGUGGACUAAGUGGUACUCAAUUGUAUCCAACGUAGAUAAUCUGUGGAUAGUGUGCGGCCUAAGACAAUUUGCUAUCAAAGUGCGACUGUCUCGGCGGAGGUGCGAAUCCAUGACGAAAAAUGAUGAGCUAGUAUUGAAACGUAUUUUGUGAUAGAUUAAAGUGAACUGGCGAUUGCUCACUCUGUGGUAAUCCACCAUGGGAAGGCAGAAAUAUUUUCUCGUGCUCUUAGUAUUAAUAGUUCACUAUUGCAGCAGCACUGUAGCGGAAAAAAGAAAUCCGUUAAAAGAUCCUCGAAUUUGUGGACGUCCUCAAUGUCAAGAAAUCAACACUAAAUUUAGGUACCAGCAACACCGAUUGUACAAGUAUGACUACUCUAUGUACGUCAAAACACAAUUCUCCGGCAGCGGAGAGAAUUCUUCCGAAUUACAUCUUAUAGCAGCCGUUGAGAUCGAUUUUCCGAAGCCAUGUCAGGGUUUGUUGAAGCUAUACUCAAUCGAGGUACGUGACCGACCGCUGCCGGUCGUUGAAGAGCAAGACUUCGAGUAUGGAGCAGAUUACGUCGAACCACCACCGGAGGUCGAACUGCACCCAAAGAGUGACGCUAUUGCGGAAGAUCUAACUCGAUUUGAGCUAAAGUUUGCCUUCCAUGAUGGGGUAGUGAGUGAAAUCUGCCACGAAGAGGAAGAACCGGUAUGGACGUUGAACUUAAAACGUGGUAUCUUAUCGUCGUUCCAAAACAGCAUGCCACGGUUUGAUAUCGAUUAUCAUACCACGGAAACGGAUGUCUCUGGAGUCUGCGAUGUCGCAUACACGAUGAGCGGUUCAAAAGGAACAAGCUUAUCGAUUAUAAAAACGAAGGACAUCGCAUCGUGCAAAAGACGCUACAAGACCCAUUCACUGAUUCAAAGUGUACCAUAUGAGUUCAGACCGAACUAUGUUGCUUUGCCAGUCUUAAACUCAACGAGCUAUUGUAACAUUUCAGUGGACAACUUCGUCUACAAAGAGGCCAUCUGUUAUGAGCGCCAUCAACUGGUACCUUUCUCAAAUGGGCAAGCUGGUGCAGUAACGGAAUCGUUUAGUAAGUUAGUCUUGGCCGAUGAAGAAUCUUAUACUCCGGAAGAGCAUGCCUCCGAUGACGAUCAUGAAAUACAAAAACGAUCCAGCCUUACCUACGAUCAUACACCAUCGGCACGCGAUAGUCAUGAUGAGAUUAAAGCGUCUCGUGAACUGUUGAAAGAACUUUGUAGACAAGGCUUUCCAGAUAUUCAGCGGAAUUUUCCAGACGUGUUUCUGAAUUUCCUAUCAACAAGUAGAGUGUUGUCGUUUACAGCGCUAUCGCAGCUUCUCUAUCGAUCGAAGAGUAUUUGUGAAAAUGGAAAGAAUCAUGUUUUGGAGAGUCUGCCGUACAUUGGAAGUCCGGCUUCUGUAACACUAAUGAAGGACCAAAUAGUUAAGGAUCAAAUUCCAGCUGAUCUUUCCAAAAAGUGGAUGGAGUCUUUUGCUUAUCUCACAAGACCAAAUGAAGACGUUCUUGAAGCCAUGCUGGAGCUGAUGGAGCAUGGUAAAGUGAUAGGAGAGAAGAAUUACAUUCUGGCAGCAACAUCCGUCGGUUAUACGUUCUGCAAAGUUAACCCUGAUUGUGAGGCAAGCGACGGCAUUCAAUCAAUUGUUCAGUAUCUGGAGAGCAACUUGCAAGAAAAACUCCAAGACUCCUCAGUGAUGACUCGGAAGGAUCGCGAAAACGUCAUCGUGCUGUUGAAAGGUUUGGGAAACAUUGGGGUCAUCAACACAGAAUUUUCCCACGAACUUCGAGAGAUGAUCACAAACGAUAAUUUGCCUAUGGAAAUUCGUCUUCAGGCAGUGUAUGCUUUCCGCAGACAUGAUUGUGUAAGAAUGAGGGAUUACUUCCUCAAGAUGUAUGCGAAUUUCGAAGGGAACGUAGAGAUUCGUAUUGCUGCCUAUCAACAAGCUAUGAGGUGCCCUGACUAUCUCUCUGUGAAGUUAAUCAAACACAUUCUGAAAACGGAAGAAGUGAACCAGGUUGGAGCCUAUGUUUGGUCACAUUUGACAAACAUAGCUAGCAGUGCUUCACCAGUUCGGGUUGAAGCACAAGGUUUGUUGGCUGACAACGAUCUUGGCAAGAAAUUCCGUUUGGAUAUUCGAAAGUUUUCACGGAACUAUGAACAUACAAUGUUCUUCGAUGAGUAUAAUUUCGGAACGACAGCUGACGCGAAUUUGGUUUUCAGCACAGACUCGUAUUUGCCAAGAACAGCUUCGCUCAAUUUGACCGCCGAUUUAUUUGGAGAAUCAGUUAACUUUUUGGAGUUAAACGCUCGUGCAGAAGGGUUCGAAUAUCUGGUAGAAUCCAUAUUUGGACCAACUGGACCACUGAACACGAAAAAAGUGAAAGAAUAUACCUCUGCUGUGACUUCAUUCUUCAAUUCCGAUUCCGAAGAAGAGGAACAAUCUGGCUAUGAUCCUAUUAGUCAGCUCCGGCUUCGACGAGAUUCAGCUGAUGAAGACAGCUACUUGUUCGAAGAAGACGAACAAAGCACACGUCCUAAACGGCAAGCACGUACUCCAGCGGUUAUCACCAAAGACGUCCACGAUCAAAUCGACAAUAUGGGGUACAAAAUGAAAUCAGACUUCAAAGAUCCUCAUGCUUCGAUAGGUUUGAAAAUUUUUGGCAAUGAUCUGAAAUACUACACAAUAGAAGGUUUUACCGAAACGCUCAAAGCAGCAGAACAAAUAAAUCCGAUCAAUUUCUUGAAAAGCAUUCUAUCAGGAAAAGAAGUAUCCUUCACAAAAUCGGGUGUAUUCUUGGAUACAUCGUACGAUGUUCCAUUGAGUACUGGGUUUCCCCUGGCUUUAAGUAUUAUAGGAGCUGCUUCUGUAGAUCUUCGCAUGUCUGGAUCAUUUAGAGCUUCCGAUGUGUGGACCUCAUCGAGAGUAAUUGAUGUUGAAGGAAAGAUGAAACCCGGUGUAUCUGUGGAUAUUACAGCAACCAUGAAAACAGACUUCAUUCACACGUCGACAGGAAUCAAAGUGAAAAGCAAUUUGUACUCCAGUUCUUCGUUAGAAACCAAACUUAAGGUUCGUGGAAACCGUCUUGCCUCGCUUCAGUUUAGCCUUCCUCAAGAUCGCAACGAAAUAUUCAGUGCUAGAUCGGAAAUGCUUGUGUUCGAUGAUCACAAGGAGAUUCCACAGAAAGGUAUUGAUAGCCGCUAUACGAACUCCACGUGCACUUGGCCAGUCGUCGAUCGGGCCAUAGGUUUGAAGCUGUGUGCUGAUUACAGUUUACCGGACAUGAGCAACAAUAGUCACGUUCCUAGUUUGAUCUUCAGUGGACCUGUUAGCUUAGACCUCAGCCUCCAAAAAGCAGAUCCGACGGCUAAGAUUUUCCUAUUCCAAUACAACUGGGAAACCCAUGAAAAUAUUUCGAUGGGAUCAGUCAUUUUUGAAACGCCUAAUUCGCAAAUUCCUCGAAUCUUCAUUGCAAAUAUAACUGCCGACGGAGAAGGCUACAGUGUUUCCAUGGGUUUUCGAAACGGAGAUAUCGCUCAUUCGGCCGUCGGAAUUUAUAAAGAUAAUAAAGACCAGAGACGGUUGGAUAUGUCUUUGAACGUGAAUGAACGAAAGUAUUUGGCUCUUGAGAUGGGAUACAACAAAACUGAAAUCAAGUAUGGAAUGAUAUACAGUCCAUCGUUAUUCCUAUCAGUGAACAACGAACGUAUCGCAGGGAUGGCCGGCCAAAUCAAAAUGACCGACAAGAAAGGUAUCAAACAAUGGGACUACACUUUGCAGUUCGAAACCAAACGAGUACAAGCGAAGGUGAUUGGCUAUGUUCAACAGACACAGGCAUCGAUAACGAGUAAACUUUCCAUGGACUACAGGUUCAUCAACAGCAAAUCAGAACGCCUGACCCUGGGAGGAGUGUUUUCCAAUAGAAGCAACCGAGGUCGCACCGAGUACCAUGGAUCCUUUGACCUUCGCUCCACAGCUUAUCCGCAUUUUGAUUUUGCUGCGGCGAUGAAGUUCCUGUCGGCGAUGGGUCACAUCGAGUGCAAAGUAGACUACAACAAUGCAGCAGAUUUGAAAGAUCCCAACUAUACCACAACGCUCCGGUUGAUAUUUGCCCGGUUCCAUGUGGCAGAUGUUGGGAGAACCACUGCAUCGGUGGAGCUGACCAGGCCACGAUCGAAGACGGAUUGGAAGGCCAUGAUCAAACAUGAGCAAAACACAAAGAAAGGGGCAGAGCAUAAUAUUCUAGUAUUAUUGCGGUAUGCCAAAGACAAAGACAUUACUGGAGUAUUUUCGAUGUACUUACCUCGAGGAAUAUUGUUUGCUAUAGAUGCCGCCACUAACAUAACCGUACCUGGAUUUGAUUCCUGCACGGUCAACCUAAAAAUUAAGGAAAAGGCUCGAAAAGAAUAUUAUUUCGAUUUCAAUGGAAUGUGGUUCUCGGGUCACACGAUCAUCGUCAACGGCUGGUACCAGGAUCGUAGUUCGUUCAUCAAGAGCUACCAUCAUGCAAAACUGGAAGCGCGUAGUCCAUCGUUCGGAGAUGUUACGGCUGAUGUCAAGUACGUACGCGACGAGAUAGAAUUCAAACUUGAUCUGCACGCGGAGUAUGGUAAGCAGCCUUACGGUCUUACGAUCAAGCACAUUCUCGAUGAGGAGAACGGAACCAAUACGUACGCUGGUUUCCAGUGGCGCGAGAGUUUGUACUCUUUUUCGGCGUUGAUGAAAGCAGCUCCGAUCAAGGAAUUGGUUAUCGAACUUCACAUAGAUAGGCUCCGAGACAUUACCCUGAUAUUGAAGGGAUAUUCAACUGGAUUGAAGCGAGAAAUAGGAGUUGAGGUGAAGUGGGAUGCCAACCGUGAUCCUACCCAGAAGUUGGCAAUCUCUGGCGAGCUUAAUACUCCGCGGCAUCGUAUUUAUAAUGGAAGAUUUCUCGUAUCUUACCCAAACAGAACAAUCAACGGCGUGUUUGACUUAAAGGCAAUUGAUCCAAACUAUCUGGCAAAUAUGCGCAUAUCCUGGAACACAACUGAAGCCAUUGAGCUAAAACUUGACGCUGGCUCUGAUGAAGAAAUUCUUAGAAACAUGUGGUUGUUAUUCAAGCUCACUACUCCUUUCGAAGGAUGGCGCUACAACGCUUUGAAUGGUGGAUUCUAUUUUAAGGAUAAUUUAUUAAAAACCAAUCUCACCGCUAAAUGGGCUGAAGAUCAAACUCUCGGGCUCGAAGUGAUGGGCCUCUACCUCUCCGAUGAUCACGAUUUCAACUGCGAAGUGAAAACCAAACUACACAGCUCGAUCGAACACGUGCCUACGGUUAAGGUCCAUCUUAAGCACAAAUAUGAUUCGAAACGGAUAGACACUGUAGUAACCAUAAAUCAUACCGUAACCGAUGAGCCUUCGCAGGUGUUCUCUGUUUGGUCAAGCUGGCAGUUCGAUCAGGACCAAGUAUACCGCAAUCUAACCGGUUCGCUGGUACUGGUGAGUCCAUUCGAAGGCUACAAGAAGGGGGCUUUAUCGACCAAAUUCUCACUUAGCGAAAAUAAGGAUCUUCGAGGGGCUGCCGAUCUCCAAAUGGACGAUGAAAAGUACGACUUGGUGCUGAAGGGCCACGUUCGAAAUCUUGUUGACAACAUGCUAACGGUUAACAUAACAUCCUCAAAUGAGAAUUUCCGCAACAUCAACGGACGGUUUGGGAUAAGCGAGAAGGAACGACACGCUGUAGCGGAAGUCAUCACACCGAGAAGCUCACUCGGCGUUGAAGUGCUGUUUGCAGUAGUUUCAGCGUAUGACUUCGACAUCAAGUUCUACUUGGCAACACCGUUGAAGGACCUGGAAAAAGUUAUCCUUAGGGGUAAGCUGAAAACGGAUAAUGUUGAUUUUCGAGCAGGUUUGAACAGUUUGAUAAUUGGAUUUGUCGGGGUUUGGCGAAAGGCCCACAUGCGAGACUUUGAGUAUUCGUACAAGGUGUAUACUCCAUUGCCAAAGUUUGAAGAGAAUGGACUUAUUAUGAAACUGGUAAUGAAUCCGGAAAAGGCUGAAUACAUUGACACGGAGUUCAGUGGAAGAUUUAAAACGUACAAAAUAGGACUUCGAGCGGUCUCUGAACCGAAGCCACAAUUAAUGCGUCAGCUUGGUAUUCAAAAGGCGUCUGGCAUUCUGGAGGAAUUCCUUGAGGAUUCUCUGGGUUCAGUGCACGAUAAUGAAAAUGAUGACGAGGAAGACGAUGAUGAUGAGGAAGAAGAAUAUCUGAAUUUGAUAGGAAAAGUAGAACUAGAUACGAUCAUCUGGCCAACUAUCAUUGGAAAUGUAGAUCUAGAGGAAUACAAAUCCAAGUAUUACUUAAGCGGUAAAGUGAAACUUCCCCAAGGAGAUGUAGAUGUCCGUGACAGCUUCUGGUUAGAGGACUUAAUGAAUAUGAAGAAUACAAUGAAAGUGAAAACACCAUUCCCGUUCAUGCGGGAAAUUCAGUCAGGAUUUGAACUUCGCGUUCCCUAUCCAACGAACAAAUUCGUUGUGGGCCUCAACGUGCUCGUUUUGAAUGUCACAGAGUGGGUAAACACGGGAUUUCAUAUUUACUAUAACGUUUCGGAAGAUGAAUCGGAAGCAAAGACCCACCAUGCAGUGGUGAACCUGAUGACACCAAUGGACAACCUGAAGAAGAUUCGCCUUCACGGUAUUCUCGAUGUUGAAGAACACGGCUACAAUGCGAACCUAACUGCUAAAACAACUAACACCGAUGCAUCGAUAGCACUAUCAUUUGAAAGUGAAGAUCAAUUCAUAGACUCCGCGCUAACCAUAUGGGUACGUGCUCCGCAGGUGCCUUAUUACGCAUGCCGAAUUUUCUACAAGCAAGAUUUGGGAGGGUCUAGUAACUCUAUGGAUAUGGGUUUCGUCGUACAUGAUGGUGAACUAUACAAUAACUUCCGAUUGGACGGUGUUUGGUCAACGGCAGAUCCCCACUUUUUCUUAGGAAAAGGAAAGUACCAAUCGAACUUUUUACCUCUGCAAUCGAUCGACACGGAAGUGUCGAUUACUCGUGAACCAUACCCACAGGCUCAGCUUGAGAUGCGAUUUAACGACAGUGAUGGCGCAUAUGACUAUAUUAGGGCUAAGGCGAUGCGGAACCAAGAGAUGGUAGCUGUUGAGCUGAGCGUACCCAUACAGGAAUAUCGGAAUUUGUCGAUCUACGGUCGAUUGUUGAAAAAACAUGGCGAUGAGUAUUCUUUGGUAGGACAACUCUACCGCAACGAUGAAGUGUUCAACGUUGAGGGCGAUGCCACAAUUGUGAAUGAUAUUCCAAAUAAUGUUGUAUUGGUGAUAAAGCCACUUGGGGAUGAGAGUGAAGGAACAAUAAACUACCGUUAUUCAAUUGACGGAGCAGUAACCAGUUUCACAGCCAAGAUAAAUCGGGGAAAUAGGCAUGCAAGUAUCGACGGUAACAUCAAGCUGCUAUCCUUGGCUGACUGGAACUUUGGGUUGAACAUCCAGUCAUCAGAACCUGAUCUAGCUAGAAUUGAUUUGAAGGUCGGAAUCGCCCCUACUGAUGAUGACAAGGCUCUGGGGACGUUCACGAUGAAAUCACCUUGGGUACGUUACGGAAUUGAUCAGGCUGAUAUCUACAUGCUGUUCGACGUAAAACCCAUUUCGGGUUCGGUCACUGCCAACUACACCAUACCAUCCGUAUCCGGAGAUGCCAGUUGUUUGUGGAAUUGGCAUUUGCUGCAAAACAUGCAAUUCGCUCUGCAUAAUCGUGUAAAUAGGGUGAACUCCGAUGGAAGAUUCUUCCAAAUAGGGGUGCGCUAUUUAAGUCCAGAUAUAGAACGCAACCACAAUAUGACCUUUGGAGGCGAUUUAAACUUGAAUAACAUUUGGAUAUUCAGCUCAAAUGUCUCCGUAACCUUCAUAUCCAUAUCGGAUCUGUCGGGUGUUCUGAAGGUACGUCUUCCAAAACCAGUUGGCGACAUCCACACGUUAGCUGCCAGCAUGAAGGGGAACAUUCCCUUCCUUGAGCCAGUCCGUGCGCUCAACUUCGAGGCGUCCUACGAUACGGAAGAAUCACACAAACGAUACGCCUGGCAUUCCGAAUAUAGCUUCGUAAACGACCUCAGAACUCUACUGCGAUUUGAAUGGGGACCGAAUGUUCAGUCCCAGCGCGUGCAAUCAAACAUAGAUGUUUUUAGGAUUGGGGAUAAGCGUGAAGUUUUUGCCAAACUACGUGGUCCGUGGUAUUUAGAAGAUGCUUUCCGCGCAGUCGCUGUAUACAAUAUUGAAGAUGGACUUUAUAUUGUAAACGGCAAUGUCUCAAUCCCAGCAUCACGCAAAGUUGCAGAAGCAAAUGUGGCUUUCGCUAGCCUCUCCAACAUGAAGGGUGAUGUGAACUGCACAACUCCAUUCCUGAAUGUUACCUGGCUGCAUGGUCAACUGGAGUUCAUCGAAAGUCCUCUUGAGUCGAUACGGUACCUCAAAGCGACAUGGCCAGAAUCUAGUGCAAUUUUCGACGCGAAAACUACAUACAAAGUGAAUAAAUUGGAUCGUGAUCAACAGGGAACCGUGAAAGUAGAAAUUCCACUGCAAACAAGGCACUAUGCUGAGAUUAAGUAUGGCUUGGCGGAAAGACCUGCUAUCACUACGGGUCAUGCCGAAAUCGAUUACAACGACAGAAAGGUACUCAGUGGACAGUACACAUCCAAGCAAGAAUCGAGAGCUGGAUUUGAUAAGGAAACUGUUGAUGUAACGUUGGAGAACGAUUUCAAACCUGUAGGAGUCCAUUAUGUGCAUACAACAAAACUUCUAAAGGAUAACUACAAAGAAAUGGAUGUCAAACGGGCUGAAGUAUUCGAACUUCGGAACCAGAAGAAGUUCAACAUCACUGGAGAACUUCAGAUUACAACCAGGGAAACUGGCAGAGAGUACAUCGUCACAGCUAUUCAUCCGAACCGCACGGUUGUCCUAACCGCCGACUUCGACGCUGAAGGAGAAACUAUGAAACAGAAAUCCAAACUACAGCUAUCUCCCAAGCGUUGGAUAGCGUACGACUUCCACCUUACCAACUUAUCCAAGGCAGAUAAUGAGUCACGAAAGUUCAGGCUUGAGAUUUCUUAUCCGCGUCGAAACAUUUCCGCUGAUGGUUGGUACUCGGUCACGGAGAAUGCUUUCGAUUCGGAUGUAUCUUUGCAGUAUUCACCGAACAGGACGAGUGAAAGCGAAGACCACUCCCCCAGAACGCUGAAAGGCGCUGUUCGAUGGGCAGAUGAGUCUGCUGGUGAAAUAACGCAACAGAGUUUGUUGGUUUUGUUCGGACAUCCGACUUUUGAACAGGACAUCACGGUAAAAGGAGUAUAUUACUCGGACAGUAGGGAUUUACUGAAAACGAAUCUGGAUAUUCGAUACACCCACUCGGACAGUCAUCAUAUAUCUGCAGGUUUUAAUGCAAAGGACAUGACGCCUACCGUCGGGUACAGAAACUAUUCAUACCGUCUGUUCGGUUCUCAUGAUGCCUCGGACUUGGAUAUGGAUUCAACUGGAUCGGUGGGUCUUCGAUUAGGUUUGUAUGAACUCAACACCAAUUCGCACUACAAACGAGGCUACCUAUCCAGAAUGGACGGAUAUGUGAUUGGGAAGGUGGAUGUCCUGCAGAAAGAAGUUAUCCUUGAGAAAAUGACUUCCCAAAGCAACUAUCGGUUAUGGGGCAAAGCAUCUGGUAGCUACCCCAUCUACAUGGUGAACGGAAGUUUGCUGGAUGGUCCAGAUCAGGAUGCGGCUGGGUUCUUCAUUAUAAACAUCGACGACAAGAUGGUACAAAUGAAAGUCAACAUGACGCCAGAUGCCACAGAGAACAUCUAUAUGUACGGAAUCAUUCCGGAUUCCAGAAGCGCCUAUUUCGAUUUCUGGAGAGAUUACGACACCUCACGGGAAGUCGAUGUCGCUUACUAUCUGAAAAUGAAUCAUUCCCGCUUGGUUACGAGCAAACUGCUGUGGAGACCGGAGAUCCGCUCCGAUGUACGCGAUCUUAUUCGAAAUUACUUCUCGUCGAUGCACACGUCGUUCACCGAUGCGGUGGAGUUCUGGAUCAAACAGAUCUACAGCGAAUCGAAGGAUUCGGUGAGUGGAAUGUGGGACGCCGCCCAUCCCUAUAUGGAAGGCUUUCUGGACGAUGUCUCAGGAUUGAACGUUAUUCAAGAUGAUUUGGAGGAUUUGCGUCAGUUCUUGAACGCUUCAUACGUGGCGGACGAUUUCUACAUCCGAUCAGUGAUUAACUUCACCAUUACCGUGUUAGAUGAAUUAGCAAUCAAGAACAAAAUUACCUCGUUACCAAAAAUAUUGACUGAAUUUUGGCAAGUUAUGGGCGAUUCUGGACAAGCGUUGAAGAAGUCCAUCCAAUGGCUGCUGGAAACAAUCAAGGAAUCUUACCAGAGAGUGGUUGAUGUGUUCGGACGAAUUCUGCAAGGGGAUUCAAUGAAGUAUCUGUCAGAGGUGCUGGAAACAUCGGUACGGAGAUACGACAAAUUUAUUAAAGAUCUUCACUUACAGUUUAUAAAACACGUUCAAGAGAUGUGGAGGAAGCUAAGUGAAGUCAUCACGUCGUACUGGGAAAGAAUGUUGCAGACCAUCGAGCCAUCUGUUAUCAAAUUGGCACACUAUGCCGAAUCGAUGACAUGGCACAUUGGGCAUGAAGUAUUUUCAUUCUUGUAUAACAAAACACAAGAAAUAGCCGAAUCACCAUACUUCACCAAAGUUACCAACUUCACGCAGGAUUUGGACACAUUAUACAAGGAUAUUGUCCAGAACGACAUCAUAACCAACACUAAGAAAUACGGAUCUAUCGUUAUUCGCUUCAUAAAGGAAAAGUUCUUCCGUCUUGUUCCAUUCGGUAGGGAACUUAAUCAAGUCCUCACAGAGCUUUGGGAAGAAAUGAAACAGCUUCAGAAUCUUGAAUAUGUACAAUUCAUUUUGCAACGCAUCAAUGAGGUACGAUCGAAAGUCGAAUGGAUUGCCGAGGAGUUCCAAUUAGAGAAACGUCUGCAUCAGCUGUGGCAAAUCGUUAGGAACAAACUGGGCAGAUUAGCGCAGACUGCUCUGCAGGCAGAGAACCGCUACCGAGAAGCGAAGACAAAGUUCAUCUUCGAUCCCGAUCAUGGCAUUAUGGAGCUGGAGCAAAAACUGCCUAUGUCGUGGCAUGCCUUCAACGAAACGCCCAAGUUCGACGAAAUACCAGAGUACAAAUUUUUGACCGAUAUUCAGGAUUUCUUCGCGGGUAGCAACACCACCAUCUGGACAAUUUAUAGCGAACUGAAACCAUACACGGACACAAAGAUGUGGUUACCACCGUUCAAAGCAAACUCGCUAUUAAUCGGAUCAAGACAUUACAUGUCUUUUGAUAAGCGAUUCGUUUCGAUGGACUUACGAGACUUGCUGAAGAAUGGCCAAACGAAUCAAUGUUCCUAUGUACUGGCUCACGAUUUUUACGAGCGCACUUUCACGAUGCUUUUGGAACCAUCGGUUCUUCGAGAAAGUGGAAAGCCUUCAAGAAAGAUCACUUUACUGACGGAUGGACAUGUUCUGGAAAUUGACGUAAAGGAUGCUUCUGUGAAAGUCGACCGCAAUGUAACCACUGCUCUACCAGCUCAGAUAGUCGAUACUGUAGUCUACCGUGAGGCGGAUCUCUUAAUGAUACAAUCCUUUAAAGGAUUCAAGCUCACGUGCAGCCUACAGUAUCACAUGUGCUCAUUCGAUCUGAGCGGAUGGUACUUUGGUAAAACUGCCGGCAUAUUGGGUACCAUGAACAACGAGGUUUUCGAUGAUUACAUCACUUCGGACCAGAAGUUUUCCGCUUCCAAAGAGCAGUUCAUCAACAGCUGGACGCUUCCAGAUUGUGAGGCCGAUGUGCAGGCUACUAACCAUACUCACAAUUUCCUGUCGGUUUCGAACGAGCUCAGUCAAAUUUGCGAAUCGUUCUUCCGUCACAAACAUUCUUACUUUGCUUCGUGUUUCCCAAUUGUUGAUACUACGCCGUUCUUCGAAAUGUGCCUUGAUUUGGGACACCACUUGGAUAGUAAAUCUAAUGAUCCAUCCAACAAUGGUGCAUGCACUUCCGCUCUUGCUUAUAUGGAGGCCUGUAGUUUGGAAGACAUGCCUCUACGAGUUCCCGAUACGUGUAUUCACUGCAAAUUGAUCAAUGGAUCUUACGUCCCAGAAGGUGCGUUCGUGCCUAUGAAAGACAACGAAAUUCCACAAACGACGGAUGUUGUAUUCAUCGUAGAGGCAAAACUGUGUAAUCAAAAUAUAACCACGUCGAAGAGCGUUGUAACCAUGGUUCAAACUCUUCAUAAGGAGCUACAGGAACUGAAUAUCACCGAUAAUCGCUACUCGGUGGUAUCCUUUGGAGGAAUGUCACCUUUCGACAAGGCCCGAAGCGUUAUUGUGAACGAUAACGUGUUCGUAUCACAUGAAUACAUCGAACCCUUCUUCAACCACAUCGCUAUGGCCACCGGCACCAACGAUGACAUCUUUGAAGCAAUCAUUGUUGCAUCGAAGUUAGUGUUUCGUCCAGGAGCAUCCAAAACAUUCAUCCUUAUGCCAUGUUCCAAAUGUUCCAGUUCCAGCAUGAAGCUGGAUUAUUCCUCUGUUUUGCAAUUGCUGUUGGAGAACGGAAUUAAGCUCCACAUUCUCGCCGAUCAGGAUAUCGAAUUCGAUAAAUCUCGUGUCUCACGGAUGUUCUUCGGUAUGGAUAGCAAUAAGGCGUACACCAAAAAGGACAUCAAAGACCUCAUCGGGGACACCGAUCUGCGCAAACAAAUUCGACUACCAAAAGCUACGUUGGGAAGUUGCGCAGCUUUGGCACUGGAAACGGACGGUUCCGUAUUCAGUGGCCGGAAGCUCCGGCCAGAGCGCCGUAAUCCGACCAAAAAGUUCAUAUCGGUGUUCGCGAAACGCGUGGCAAGCACGGCAGUGCCGACACCAUGUCAGACCUGCGAAUGCACCGGCCACAACACGGGCGUGUCGUACAUGUUGUGCCUGCCGUGUACUUAUCCGUCGGCGUUCAGCUUAGAUCAAGAACGGAUGAGCGAAGACGAACUGCUGUCGGUUCUGCAGCCGGAUCAUGAUUGGGAUUGGGAAGAAGAUGAUGAACUUUUGUAGAGAGACAAUAAAAUGUUAAGUUUUUUCUUUUGUAUAUUUGAUAAAGUGCCAUGACCUGUUUACAAAAAAGUAACAAAUAAAUAUUAUUUAAAACCU